AUGGACAAACCAAAACUGUUCAGUCGCGACGGCGCGCCCUACACGGCGGUGGCAGAAGCCCAGAUUGCCGAGCUGUGGUCCAUCCUCAGUUGGCCCGAGGACCCACUGCCGGUGCUCGACGUCGGCUGCGGGCCCGGCGACGUCACUAAGAAGGUCAUAGUUCCACGGCUGCCCCCUGGCACGAAGCUGGUGGCCUGCGACAUCAGCCCAGAGAUGCUGGAGUACUGCAGGCAGCACAACGCGCUUCCGGGCACCAUCACGUACGAGCCCUUCGACGUGAUGGACUCUCACGUGGAGCGCUCCACCGUUUGGAAGUACGCUCCCUAUGGCAAAGUGUUCGCCGUGAUGCUCAUGCACUGGGUUCCUGACAACAGGCGUGCUGUGCAGAAUAUGCACAAACUCCUGGCGCCAGGCGGAGAAGCUGUGUUUAUAAUAAUAGCUAACAUGCCGUUAUUCGCUGCAUACGAAGAAAUGGUGAAAGAUCCACGCUGGACCCAGUACAUGGAGGUAACGUACCGGUGCUAA